AUGGUCGCUUUCACUGUGGACCAGAUGAGGUCCCUUAUGGACAAGGUCACUAACGUGCGUAACAUGUCGGUUAUUGCGCACGUCGACCACGGUAAAUCGACUUUGACCGAUUCGUUGGUGCAAAGAGCCGGUAUUAUCUCUGCUGCCAAGGCCGGUGAAGCCCGUUUCACUGACACCAGAAAGGAUGAACAGGAGCGUGGUAUCACCAUCAAGUCUACUGCCAUUUCUUUGUACUCUGAGAUGUCUGACGACGAUGUCAAGGACAUCAAGCAGAAGACCAUCGGUAACUCGUUCUUGAUCAACUUGAUCGAUUCGCCAGGUCACGUUGACUUCUCUUCUGAAGUUACUGCUGCCUUGAGAGUCACUGACGGUGCUCUAGUCGUUGUCGACACCGUUGAAGGUGUGUGUGUGCAAACCGAGACUGUGCUAAGACAGGCUCUAGGUGAGCGUAUCAAGCCUGUUGUUGUCAUCAACAAGGUUGACCGUGCUUUGCUAGAAUUGCAGGUCAGCAAGGAAGACUUGUACCAGUCUUUCUCCAGAACCGUUGAAAGUGUUAACGUUAUCAUCUCCACUUACGCCGACGAGGAAUUGGGUGACAUGCAAGUCUUCCCAUCCCAAGGUACCGUGGCCUUCGGUUCCGGUUUGCACGGUUGGGCUUUCACCAUCCGUCAAUUCGCCAACCGUUACGGUAAGAAGUUCGGUGUCGACAAAUCCAAGAUGAUGGAACGUCUAUGGGGUGACUCUUACUUCAACCCAAAGACUAAGAAGUGGACCAACAAGGAAACCGACUCUGACGGUAAGCCUCUAGAACGUGCUUUCAACAUGUUCGUGUUGGACCCUAUCUUCAGACUUUUCGCUGCCAUCAUGAACUUCAAGAAGGACGAAAUCCCAGUCUUGUUGGAAAAGUUGGAAAUCAACCUAAAGAGUGACGAAAGAGACUUGGAAGGUAAGGCUUUGCUAAAGAUUGUUAUGCGUAAGUUCUUGCCAGCUGCCGAUGCUUUGCUAGAAAUGAUUGUCAUGCACUUGCCAUCUCCAGUCACUGCCCAAAACUACAGAGCCGAGCAAUUGUACGAAGGUCCAAACGACGACCCAGCCUGCAUUGCCAUCAAGAAGUGUGACCCUACCUCCGACUUGAUGCUUUACGUUUCCAAGAUGGUGCCAACCUCUGACAAGGGUAGAUUCUACGCUUUCGGUAGAGUCUUCGCCGGUACCGUCAAGUCCGGUCAAAAGAUCAGAAUCCAAGGUCCAAACUACGUUCCAGGUAAGAAGGAUGACUUGUUCUUGAAGGCCGUCCAAAGAGUCGUCUUGAUGAUGGGUAGAUUCGUCGAACCUAUCGAUGACUGUCCUGCCGGUAACAUUGUCGGUUUGGUUGGUAUCGACCAGUUCUUGUUGAAGACUGGUACUUUGACCACUUACGAAAGUGCUCACAACAUGAAGGUCAUGAAAUUCUCUGUCUCUCCAGUUGUGCAAGUCGCCGUCGAGGUCAAGAACGCCAACGACUUGCCAAAGCUUGUCGAAGGUUUAAAGAGAUUGUCCAAGUCUGACCCAUGUGUCUUGUGUACCAUGUCCGAAUCUGGUGAACACAUUGUCGCCGGUACCGGUGAAUUGCACUUGGAAAUCUGUCUAUCGGACUUGGAAAAUGACCACGCCGGUAUUCCUUUGAAGAUCUCUCCUCCUGUGGUUGCUUACAGAGAAACCGUUGAAGCUGAAUCUUCCCAAGUCGCUUUGUCUAAGUCUCCAAACAAGCAUAACAGAAUCUACUUGAAGGCUGAGCCAAUCGAAGAAGAAUGUUCGCUAGCCAUCGAGAGCGGUAAGAUCAACCCAAGAGACGAUUUCAAGGCUCGUGCCAGAAUCAUGGCUGACGAUUACAACUGGGACGUCACUGACGCCAGAAAGAUCUGGUGUUUCGGUCCAGACGGUAAUGGUCCAAACGUUGUCGUUGACCAGACCAAGGCUGUGCAAUACCUAACUGAAAUCAAGGACUCUGUUGUCGCCGCUUUCCAAUGGGCUUCCAAGGAAGGUCCUAUCCUCGGUGAACCAAUGCGUUCCGUCAGAAUCAACAUCUUGGAUGUUACUCUGCAUGCCGAUGCUAUUCACAGAGGUGGUGGUCAAAUCAUCCCAACCAUGAGAAGAGCUACUUACGCUGGUUUCUUGUUGGCCGAACCAAAGAUCCAAGAACCUGUUUUCUUGGUCGAAAUCCAAUGUCCAGAACAGGCUGUCGGUGGUAUCUACUCCGUCUUGAACAAGAAGAGAGGUCAAGUCGUCUCCGAAGAACAAAGACCAGGUACCCCAUUGUUCACUGUCAAGGCCUACUUGCCAGUUAACGAGUCUUUCGGUUUCCCCGGUCAAUUGAGACAAGCUACUGGUGGUCAAGCUUUCCCACAGAUGGUGUUCGACCACUGGGCUACUUUGACUGCUGACCCAUUGGACCCAUCUUCCAAGGCUGGUGAGAUUGUCGCUGCCGCUCGUAAGAGACACGGUAUGAAGGAGGAAGUGCCAGGCUGGCAAGAAUACUACGACAAAUUGUAA